UAUUCUGUCUCUAAUCUCUCAGAUAAAUUGGUUGUUCAUGUUUGGUUUAAAAUUAGAUUUGUUGUUUGUGCAGAAUGGAUGGGAAGGGAAAACCGCCCGUAUCUCCAAGGCCAAUGAGGGCAGACAGCGUUGCGGAGACGAUGCGCUCUAAUCGGACAGAGCGAGGUGAUUACCCGGAGCGCAGAGGCAUUGGAAAGCGUGCGCGAAUGGUCGUAUAUCCUUUACGGGCCGAGAUGGAAGGUGUUCAUCCGCUGGUUCAACCACACCAGCGGCCGUUUGAAAUGGAUGGGAAGGGAAAACCGCCCGUAUCUCCAAGGCCAAUGAAGGCAGACAGCGUUGCGGAGACGAUGCGCUCUAAUCGGCGUUGGCCAUAUUAAUUUCUUUACGGAGUUAGUGAGGAAAACGUAUAAGGUGAAGGAAAAGUGGUCCCAUGAAUAUGAUAAGAAUCUGUGUUAAUCAAGUAUCAAUCUAGCCUAUCCAACAGGCCCAAACCCCUACCCAAGGUUCCCAAUUUGGAUUCAUUGGAUAACUGGGCUUGUAUGUUCGCAAUCGCGGUCAAGCUUGUGUUCCAGGUGCAGGGCUUCUGGUCUUAUGAUUAUACUAAUGAUCUUGUUCAAUUAGCUUUAAUCAAGCUUCGAUCCAAUAAACCAGUUAAGCCACUUGCUCUUCAUAACCCAGUUGCUGGUGAUAAGCCAGUUGCUGAUGAUGUUGGUGAUAAGCCAGUUGCUGGGACUGCUAGCCCCCCUUCAAGAAACUCAAGGGAUCUCUGAAUAGUAAACUGGCAAUGUUAUGUUAUUAGGAUAUUUUGAGCAGUUUAGAGUUAGAUUUUUUAUUUGAUAAGUUAUAUGACAAAAUUGUUGGUUUUUAUUGCAAUGGAAAGGAGCAUGAACCAUG